CGCCCUCGUCAGCUCCACUCCGGUCGCUCCCUCGCUGGAAGAAGCGAUGGAUCCGGGCCGGCUCUUGCUGGAGGCGGCGAACUGGAGCACCAUCGCGGCGUGCCUGGUGCUCAAGUUGCCCCAGGGAGCCGCCUUGGUGGCCGCCAGAUCCGCCCGAGGAGUCAGCCUGGAAAGUUUAUUGCUGGAGCUCGGCGGUUUCCUUGUUUGCUUGAGAUACAUGAGUUACUACCGUUAUCCUCAACUAACAUAUGUAGAAUAUCCCAUCAUGAUUGUGCAAGAUAUCAUUCUUUGCCUGCUUGUUCUGCAUUUCAAUGGCAAAAUGAAGCAUGCUUUGCCUUACACUGUCAUAUUUGUAGCAGGAUGGUAUGCUAUAACUCUGCAAGAAUGGAUAUUGGACUUGAGUAUGAUCUUGAGCACAGUGGUCAGUGCAGCAAGUAAACUUGCUCAGCUCCGGUGUCUUUGGCAGACGAGAGAUUCUGAACAAGUGAGUGCCACAACUUGGGGAUUAGCCACAUACACCUGUGCAGCAAGAAUAUUUACAACGUUGAUGACUACAAAGGAUUCUACAGUUCUGAUCCGUUUUGUAGUCAUGAUGGCUCUUAAUGUUUGGGUCAUCGCUACUAUAUUGGAAUACCGAAAGGCUAAGAAGCAAGAUUAAGAUGCAGAUCCUGCUCCUUUUUAAAUGACAUGGAUUAAAAUGAGACAUUCCAUUAAAUGAGAGCUAAUGUUUACAUACUGUACAUGUACCUAACAUUCAGUGCCCACAUUUCAAUUACAUUGUGAUGGUUAUACUUAUUGUUUUUUAAAAAAAAAAUAAUUAGAUGAAUGAAGUCUUUCAUUUUAUAUGAGCAGAUUGCAUAACAGACUUCUACAACUGGUUGAGUCUUAUUUGUUGGUUAUCUCCAUGGACAGUCCUACCCUUCUAGUGUGUACACACACCUCAGUAGGACCAACAAUAGUUCAAGCCAACAAAAAACUAAUGUUUUAUAUUGAAUUGCUG